AUGCGGGAACUGGACGCCCUAAUCGGCGAGUACCGCCACGAGAAGAAACGCCCGCGCGAGUCAGAGGCCCUUUUCAUGUUGCGCAAGGUCGCAUCUGUGGUCAAACCCAUUAUGCGCCAGCGUGCAUGGCGAGUUGGUGCAAUCUGCGAGUUCUACCCACGGCAGAGUAACCUGCUGGGACUGAAUGUCAACUCUGGCCAGAAGAUUUGCCUGAGACUACGGUACGCUUCCGAUCAGAAGCAGUUCCUUCCUUUUGAACAGGUCGUGGACACUAUGUUGCAUGAGCUCUGCCAUAUUGUCCAUGGCCCUCAUCACCGGGAAUUCCAUGCUCUCUGGAAUCAGCUCAGAGAUGAGCAUGAGGAGCUGGUCAUCAAGGGAUACACCGGCGAGGGAUUCUUGUCUGAAGGCAAACGUCUUGGCGGGAGCAGAAUCCCAAUCGAUGAGGCGCGCCGGCAGGCUCGGGCGGCUGCAGAGCAACGACGGCUUAUCUCAAAAACCUCCGGGAAAAGGCUUGGUGGUACUCGGCACCUUCGGGGGACCGAUAUUCGCAAACUACGAGCGGACGCGGCACAGCGUCGAGCUGAGGUAAUGAACGGCUGUGCCUCUGGAACCGACCGAAGCACAGAGCUGGCCAAGGAAGCUUCACAGAAUGGGUUCAGGACGAAGGCGGAAGAGGAUGAUGCGAACGAAGAGGCCAUUUUACAGGCCUUUAUUGAGUUAAUCCAGGAAGAAGAGCGAGAGAAGUAUGGAUCUUCAUACAUUCCACCGAGUCAAGAAAACCCAGCCGGCCCUCGCACCGCGGAAUCGCCCAACCCAUCGAUUCCUCAGGGGUCUUCCCAAGCAGAGGCUUCAAGCGCGCCAAAAGAGCAACAAAUAUCGAAACCGGAAAAGACACCUACAUUAUUUGACCUGACUGCCGAUAAUAGUGCGGACAAUAGCUCUUACGAGACACCGUGGACAUGUCCAACAUGUACACUUGAAAACCCUGCCAGCUAUCUCUGCUGUGAUGCCUGUGCUUCGGAACGGCCAGUUCCAUCAAGCAGCGCACCAGGUGCUUCGUCAGGAGGGACCGAGCGCCCUAAACAAAACAAUACAAAGAAACGUCAACAUCAAGCCGAAGAAGAAAAGGACGGGCCGCCUGCACGGGAUACAUUCGCAUUCAAGAACCGGACCCGAGCUUUAGACACCCUUGCUUCCCUACAGCGUGAUCAUAGUAAGCGCCCAUUAGGAUGGCUUUGCGAUCAGUGUGGUAGCUUCAUGGAGACUCAAUGGUGGACUUGCUCGGCUUGUGGGAAGAUGAAACAGUCCUCUUGA